GGUAAUUAGAUAUUUGAGUUGUGAUUUUCUGACAUGAAUCGGCUGCAAGCUGCUGUAAUAUGUCAUUUUCUAAUUUCCAUACAUAUUAUUUGGAUAUUAAAGCCUGAAGUUCUGCCACUGCCUCGCUCUGUGUGAAACCGAGAUGGUUUCCCACCCCUGAGGUUUUCAGGAAAGCAAAGUCAGGCUCUCUGAAAACAGAAAAUACUUCAACAGUUCUACGAGGUCAACACUAGAUGGCGCAGUUUAUCUGAUUCAGAUACUAUCCUGAUGCCUGAAUGUCCCUUAACUUUUAAACCACUAAACAAUCUCUGCUGAUGUUUUAUAUUUUACCGAUGUUUCCCGGCAGAUGUCCGUGUUUGAAUUCCAAAUAUGUGCUCUGUCCGUCCGCCUAAAGAUUCCUCCACUUCUGUAAACAAAGUCCCUGUUCAGCCUUUUGCCUGAAUAAGGCAGUGCUCCUCACUUUUUGUCCCUGUUAACCCUUCACAUCCCAUACCGCUGCUGCACUCUGAAGGUAAAUUGCACUUAAAAGGAUUCAUGCAAAAACAUUAAAACACUGAUCUGAAGAGAUUCCUGAUAUCUUUGGCAUUGCAUCAUCCUGGAUCCUGUGACAGGAGGAGCAAAGAUUCAGUGGUGGAGAUGACAAAGAUGGAGGAAUUCAGAGGGUUUCCUCCUCCUUCUCCUUUAUCCUUUUUUGGGAGGUUCACAUAAGCAAUCUGAACUCUCUCUCCCCGGAACAAGCAUCUUUAUGAAACACUGAGACGUAAGUUGUGAUCUUCUGCACAAGGUUUAACAGAGGAGAAAGAAAGCGAGACGGGAGUGUUGCAUCCAGAACUCUGUCAUCAGAGGAGCUGGUUUGCAUCCUGAUAACAGCCAACCAGGUUCUCUAAUAAGACAUGGAGUCAAAAAAUGAAGGGUCAACACCGUUGACCAGUGAGAAACUGGCCUCUGUUGAGGAUGAAGAUGUUCUCAACAAAAUGCUGGACAGUGCAGCAGAUUUUGAAGAGAGGCGGAUGAUUCGAGCUGCUCUGAGGGAUCUGCUCAAGAAAAAGAGAGAAAAACGGGAGCAGGAGCGCGGGGUGAGGCAGCAAGACCUGAAACAGCAGGGCUUGAAUAAAGGAGGGACGACUGGAGGAGCAGUCGGCGUCGGAAGAGCAUCCGUGAACCAGCAGCCGUCGGUGAACAAGUCAGCAGGUCAGCCGUCGUCCUCCACUCCAAUCGGCAAGAGCUCAGGCAGGGCCGGUCCUGCUGCUGUCUCAGCCCAGAAAUGUUCCUUUGCUGAAUCACCCAACGCUAAAAAUGUCAAACAAAUGCUUCUGGACUGGUGCAGAGCCAAAACAGAGCCAUAUGAGGGGGUAGACAUCCAGAACUUCUCCUCCAGUUGGAAAGACGGCAUCGCCUUCUGCGCCUUGGUGCACCGAUUUUACCCCGACGCGUUCGAAUACUCCACCCUGAACCCCUACAAGCCCAGGGACAACUUCCAGCUGGCUUUCAGCACUGCAGAGAGGCUGGCAGGCUGCCCUCCUCUGCUGGAUGCUGAGGACUUGGUGCGGAUGAAGGAGCCCGACUGGAAGUGUGUGUACACAUACAUCCAGGAGUUUUACCGCUGCCUGGUGGAGAAGGGGCUCGUCAAAACCAAGAAGCGCCCAUAAGCCUCCGAGAGCCCACGAGUCACCGUGAUCUUUCCAGAUAAACACACCGAGAGAAAACUGAGGUCAAAAGGACGACUUUGUGAUCGUGUCCGGAUAAAUAUUUACCAUUCGAUCGGAGCCAUUUCACUGUGAACGAGCGGUGACAAAUGGUUGGUAUUAGUUUGCAGGAAAUUGUUGCUGUCUGUGUGAUUUAAGAGAACAGCUGGUGCUUAGGGUCAGUUCAUUCCUCUGAGAUUACACAUCUGCAUUAAUCCCACUGUGAGUCUGAGCAUGACCUUCGUGAUGAUGAUGAUGAUGAUGAUGAUGAUGAUGAUGAUGAUGAUGAUGAUGAUGAUGAUGAUGAUGAUGAUGAUGAUG